AUGAGGCGUGCGCCGGCCGCCGAGCGCCUCUCGGAGCUGGGCUUUCCCCCGCGGCGCGGUCGCCAGGAGCCGCCUUUUCCGCUGGGUGUCACUCGGGGGUGGGGAGGAUGGCCCGUUCAAAAGCGCCGCGAGGGGGCCCGGCCAGUGCCCUUCAGUGAGCGCUCGCCAGAGAACGGCCGAGGCCGGGCAGCUCGCAGCCCCGGGACCUGGUGGCGCAUCGGGACGCGGCUGUCCCUGUGCCGGGACCCCGAACCUCCGCCGCCGCCGCUCUGCCUCUUGCGCCUGAGCCUCCUCUGCGCGCUCCGGACCGGCGGCCGCGGGAGCCGCUGGGGCGAGGACGGCGCGCGGCUGCUGCUGCUGCCCCCAGCCCGGGCGGCUGGAAGCGGAGAGGCCGAGCCGAGCAGCGGAGAACCCGCUUAUGCCGGGAGGAUGCUGGAGAGCAGCGGGUGCAAGGCGCUGAAGGAGGGCGUGCUGGAGAAGCGCAGCGACGGGCUGCUGCAGCUCUGGAAGAAGAAGUGCUGCAUCCUCACCGAGGAGGGGCUGCUGCUCAUCCCGCCCAAGCAGCUACAACAGCAGCAGCAGCAGCAGCAGCAGCCCGGGCAGGGGCCGGCCGACUCGUCCCAACCUGGCGGCCCCGCGGUCGCCGGCCUGGAGCCGCCAGUCAAGCUCAAGGAAUUGCACUUUUCUAACAUGAAGACCGUGGACUGCGUGGAGCGCAAGGGCAAAUACAUGUACUUCACGGUGGUGAUGGCAGAGGGCAAGGAGAUCGACUUUCGGUGCCCUCAGGACCAGGGCUGGAACGCCGAGAUCACUCUGCAGAUGGUGCAGUACAAGAACCGGCAGGCCAUCCUGGCCGUCAAGUCCACGCGGCAGAAGCAGCAGCACCUGGUCCAGCAACAGCAGCAGCAGCAACAGCAGCAGCAGCAGCAGCAGCAGCAGCAGCAGCCUCCGCCCCCGGCCCCCCAGAUCCAGCCUCCACCCCAACCCCAGUCUCAGCCUCCACCCCAACCCAAGCCUCAGCCUCAGCCCCUCCACCCUUACUUGCACCCUCAUCCGCACCCGCACCCCCAUCCGCACCCGCACCCCCACCCGCACCAACUACAGCGCCCACACCAGCCACCGCCGCUCUCGCAGCCGCACGGCCACCGGCUGCUCCGCAGCACCUCCAACUCUGCCUGAAGGCGGCAGCACCCGGGCCGCACGAGCUUUUGAGGACUUGAGGAAGUGGGACGAGAACAUUUCGAUUGUCUUCACUUGGAUUAAAAACAAAAACAAAGAAAAAGAAAACCGCACACAAAACGGUCUCCCCAUCCCGCACCUUGAUCAAGUAGUUUGGAUGUCGUGCGACCUAUUCCUUAGAUGCCUGAAUACUUACUCUUCAUCACAGGACAGGAAAGGAUUUUCGAAUUAAGAAGACUUUAUUUAUGAACCUUUGAAAGGAUAUUCGUACGAACGUAGUGGACCUUCUAGGAGCAACGAUGUACUGUAAUUUUAUUUAAAUGUAUUUUUUGGUUUAUGAUUAUUUAUUAGUUUUGUAAAGACCUGUUCUAAGACAUUUCUGAAUGUAGGCCAUUUUUCAAAAAAACAAAAACCCACAAAAAACAAAACCCUUUCUUUUCAAAAACUGAUUCCAGAAUAAGUUCCAGUCUUGAAAAAGGGGUGGUGGUGGAGAAAACAUUAAAACUCCAUUCAAUAUUCCUAGCGCAUUUUCAGAAGGUCUGGCGCUUUCAUUGUUAUACCAGGUGGUGAUACUUUUUUUAGGUUUCUUUUUUAGAUAGAGAAGUGUAUAGAGAAGUUUUUAAAAGCUCAGAAUUGUAUAAUUUUGGAAAUGUAGCAUUCCAGGUAAUGCUUUUCAAAAAGGAAAUCAGUAGUGAUACUUGAUUUCAAAAUAUUUUGAAACAUAACCAACUGAUAGCAGGAUGAUUAUACCUUGAUUAUGUGGUAAGGCUGGGUCAGCCAUGGGGGCUGGUAUCACCUGUGUAUUUCAGGCCCUGAGUUCAAUCCCUAGCACCCCUUCCCCAAAGGAAUAUUUUUGAUUGAUUAUAAAUAUAAAUGCAUAAGUAUUUCAGUUCAGAAAUGUAGGGGGGGAUUAUUUUAACUUAUUUGUGACUAUUUGUGUGCCUAUCAAGACCUCCCUUCAACUUCAACCAAGAUUUUUGUACACUAGACUUGAACCUCAUUUUCUGAUCCUUUUUACUUUGUCCUAGAAACCCACUAAUACAUCUCAUUGUUGAUUUGACAUACAGUUUAUAGCUAUUUCCAAGAACUAAGAAUUAUAACUUUUGUUUUCAUUACUGAGAAUAAUGUUGAGUAGAGAAACCAAUGGUUUUUCUUUUUAUUGUUCUGAGAAAAUUCUAGGGUUGAGUAUUUCACUUAGGUUGCUAAAGUCAAAUUGUGAAAGGAAGGACUGGAUAAACACUGGAUUUUCACUAAGAAAACAACCCAGUCUUGUUUUUAGCAGCCACUUGUUUAGGAGUCUGAAGGGCAAGAGGGGGCGGGGAGGAAAAAGGAUGUGCUUUUAAAGGUAGAACAAACCCUCUUCUGUGUUAAAUCAAAGGGAUGGUCAAAUCCACUAGGACAGAUGCUACUUUAACUGUAUAGGGAAUCACAAAUGAUACCCAAUCCUCCUGGGGCUAUAAAUCACUUCCUAUCUGUGUGGCUUUUCUAAUAGGUUUCUGUUUCCCCUUUAUCUUUUUAAACAGAGUCUUGGUCAGUAUUUUUCCAGUAUCCAAAUUGAAACCAUCACUUGUAGACCAUUGUUAGGUUAUGUGGUCAAGAAAGAGAAUAUAAUUUCCUGCUAGAGAGGUCUUUAUUCUCCUAUAGAAAGAAGUGUCAGUGAUCUUUGAGAGAUUAAAUUUUGAGAUCAUAAUACAUCCAAAAAUAGGCAGUGGAGAACUGAAACCUAAGUAGAAGCUGUUAAGGGCACUUCUGCUUCCGGGAGCUGUUUACAUUGAAGUUGUAAAAAUAGGCUGCCAAGAUAUAAAAAAAUCUAUGUGUUUAUGACAGCUUAUAGAGUCAGUUUGAAAAGUUCUUUGUACAGUUUGAUUUGACUUCCUUGGAACUCUUGCUGUGCUCUUUCAGUGAGUGUUUCAUACUAUUUUAGUUGUAAUGCAUGUAAUUACUCUUAAUUCCCAAUCCUUUCCAAAUGCAGGAUUUUUUUCUUCUGAAUUCUUGUGCUGUAUAAACAUAAAACCCCUAGAAAAUAAUUUGAAAUAUAUCUAUAUAUCUCUAUAGAUGUGUAAGUGUAUAGAUAUAUAGAUAUGGCCAGACUUCCUUUUAAAUGCCAGUAGCUGUGGCUCUUAAUGGGGCAGUCAGAAUUGGUUUUGGGGUUUUUUUUCCCCAUAGUUCUUGUCUGCUGUAACGUUUAUGUUGAAUUACCCGCUUUCUAGUCUAAACCUCCCUUAGACUGCCAAACUGUGAAACUUCAAAUAGAAGAAAGUAAGGUGGUUUUUAUUAUUUUGACACUUUGAAAUUAUUAUAGCUUAAUCAUUUCCCAGAGCAAAUGACCAAGCAUGCUUAAAAAAAUUAAUAAAACAAAUACAAAUACACAUCAUGUAGUAUCUUGCUGGCUCUACCUACUUAAAAAAAAAAAGAUACAAACCAUCUAAACUGGCAAGUCAGUUUAGAGAAAAAGGAUAAAAGAAUUUUAACCACAGAAAAGAAACAAAAGGGCAAGUCCAAGAGAAAACUUACCCCUUCAACAAACAAACAAACAGAAUGUAAAAGGUUGAAAAGUUAAAAGGAAUAAUGAUCCAUCUGGAAAGUGAACUUUUGUCCUUGAGCUUGUAUUAGUGCCCUGCCUCCUACACAGUCUGCUCAAUAGCACUAUUUGUUAGGAUGAAUGAAAGAAGGAAAAAAUGUUGUUUUCUCUUCCUCACUGAGUAUUUCCUUUUCUGCUUUCAUGUUUCCUGAGAACAAAUUCCCUGACAGCCUAAGCAUCAUGAAGUUCCUUAAGCCACUUAGAUCUGCUUAUGCCUGAGGUCAAAGAGUAAAUGUCUCUAAAGGGCCCUUUAAUGAACAUUCCAGGAAGCUACAAUUCUCUUAAUCAAUGUAUGAAUUAAACCAACUUUUUCAUUUCAUAACACAUAUUUUUUUUUCAGUGAUGGCUUAAAAAAAUCCUACAUGUUGCUUAAAAGUCCCUUGCAUGUAAACACUGUUAGGAAAUCUGGCUUAAGAUGGAAGGCCAGCUCUAACUUUUUGCUUUCAUAUAUCAAAUACUCAAUUACUCCUAAAAAGCCCUGUUUUAAUCUGGCACUAAACAAAUUUGCUGCUGAUGUGUGAGUUCAAACACAUCCCUCAUUUUUCUGUCCAUAGGGAACAUGAUAUGGUUUAAUUUGAUUGCAGGUGUUAAUAAUUGGGUAGCAGUCUUAGGAAAGGGCCUAAGAUCCAGUGAGCAUGUACUAAUUCCAAAGAUCACAGAGAUUCGUUGAAUGAGGAUACGCCUGUUUGAGUACCUGUUGUUUUCUUUGUUGUAUCAAACAAACUGAUUCUUGUUUUACCAAGAAAUACCCUAUGUAAUAUAACACUUAAAUUUGGAUUUUGUAGAUCAUGUUAUUGAAUUUAUGUUAUUCAAGAGAAAUACUCUUAUUUAAAAAGCAACCUCAUACAUGUUAAUUGUGGAAGUAUGUUGAGUGGGUUUUAAUGAAAUGAUUUUCAAUUUCUUGACCCAGUUUUGAAGGGUGACAUUUAUUCUGCAGUGUUUUACGCUAGUCCAGAUUUAUAUAAGAUGGGGUAACAUAAUCAUCUUUGACUUUGUUGGCAGGUUACUUGCCACAUGAAGGAAAGGGAAUUCUUUGGGCUGGGGGUGGGGGUGGGGGGUAGCUCAGUGCCCAGCCUGUGAGAAGCCCUGGGUUUGAUUACCCCUUUUGCUCAUCUCAAAAAGGAAUUCUUGUGAAGGAAGGAAGCAGAUCUCUCUAGUCAUCAGAAACAUCUCCACAGAGGGGGGACCUGCUCCCCAGUGCUCUGAAGCUGGUUUGCUGUGGGUUGGUGAGUGGAAAGAGGGUCUUUAAAGAAAGUGAAACGAUUGUCUGUCACCAUCCUGUGGUUAGCCGCUCCUCAGAGUUUCAGAAUAUGUGACCGCCAGCUGCUGGGAAGCCAGCACCACCUCGUACCAAAUGCUUCACAGAUGAUCGUGCUGUGGACAUUUGUAGUAUGGCCAGCAUUUGUGUAAAUAGGUCUCUUAAAUGAUUUUGAAGAGAUGUGAUUUAUUUUUCAUAUUUUCAAAAUGCAUUCCAUUUCAAAUAAAGUAUCUAUUGAGA